UCUGUCGGGUCUCCCAAGGAGUCAGCCUUCACAGAUCUCAAAUUUGAACCUCGGUUGGACCUGGCACUCAAUGUCCUCCAGUCCUUUGGCGAACAUGUCAAUGCACCGAAAGUUCUCCGCGCUCUACCCGAAUCCAUUAGUCUGCAUGAUAUGGCCAACUUCCUGGAGGUACUGUGACCUUCACGCUACGUCUUGGUCCCCAUGA